UGGGCAUAAAGAGCAUGGAGGUGGAAGACGACAGCUUUGUGGUGGAGACUGUAGAAAUUAUCAAGCGGCCGGGGCAAACGCUUGGAUUCUAUAUUCGCGAAGGAAAUGGGUUCGACCGUCCGGAUGGUGUGUUCAUUUCGCGCAUACAAAUGGGCACGGUGGCUCAGACCAAUGGGCUUCUACACGUCGGAGAUGAGAUCGUGACCGUGAACAAUGUCAAAGUGGGCAAUAUGUCGCUGGAUGAUGUGGUCAUCCUCAUGUCCAUUCCGAAGAAGUUGGUUCUUACCAUUAGGACUCGGAGGAACAGCAACAAGAAUAAGUCUUGCCCGACACUGCCAAUGGCAGAGAAGCCUGACCCGCCGGUUGUGGUGCUUAAAAAGGGUAGAUCUUCUUCCGCCUCGGCGCUGGAGAUGACGGAGAAGUGCCCGGAUCUUUACGAGCCGGGUCAAACUUACUCACAGUUCCCUCUGCAGGCGGCGGAUUACCUUCCGCGGCGCGAGGCAGGGCAAGAGCGUGCGGGUCAAGGAUCACGUUAUGCGAGUAUUUUCAUCUCGCCAGGGAGGGCUGAGGCGAAGCUGGUGAGCGAGGAUGGUGUCGAGAGCAGUAACUCUAGCGAGGGUUCUCUCCCCCGUAGUGUCGACUCUGCUAAGGAUAGGGCCUAUCUAGGGCAAGAAGUUGUCGAUUCUGGUCACGGGGGUUACAUGAGUGUGACAAACCCAAUCUACGACCACUUUCCUAGUGUGGGUGAUAUGGAGUUCAAGUCUCGGGUCGGAGAUAGUUUGGCUGGGAGAAAAACGGGAGCCAUGCCCAAAUCACCGUCCAAACAGAGCCCAUUGGGCAUAGUCUCGCAUAUACCAGGGUACCGUCCUCGUACGUCGACUGACGCAAGCCCCGCCUUCUCAGAACCACCCUACAUGAAUGUCGGAAUGCUGAGAGAAGGCCUCAUGCAGCAGCAACAACAGCAACACUACCCACAUCACCAUCCUUCCUCUCAUUACCAUUCUCAUCAUCACGCGUCCCACCCACAGCAGUACCAACUGCCUAGCGGAUACCCCACCCCGUCUGUAGCCCCGCCCUUCUCUCAGCAAUACCGCGGGGGCGUGACUUCUGCAUCUCAGGAGGAAAGACGACGUCAAGAGAGACUUCGCUCUCUUCUCAACUCAAAGUCCCGCUAUGGUCGGUUACUGCGAAGUCGCUCGCCAGAUUGCUACAACUCGGAUUCAGAAUUGAUCUUCACCCACCAGCAACCGAGCGAUGGUCGAGGGUUUGCAUCGGACUACGAGACAUAUGGGGGUGCGUUCAGCGACGAGGAGCCGGUGUAUUCCAUCCCGCGAAUUCCGGCCAGCUCGUCCACUGAACUGGAAAUGUUGCUGAAGAAGUUCACGACGCUCUCCCAAGAGCUGCAACAGGAGCAGAGCAAACUGCAACGACAGCUCAGCGGGCGGGAAGCGGGAGCGCGCCAGAUCCCGUUAUCCCGAGCAGACAGCCUGUCCGGGGACGAGUACGCGUCCCUGACCAGCCAAGGGUCGCCCCUCCCCAUCCGCCGCGCGGCUUCCACUCAAACGCCUGCUCUCCCACCGCGCCUAUCUCGCCACGCCUCCUCUGAGAACGCCCCUUUCUUGUACAGCUAUCAGCACGAAUCUCAUCCCGACCUCGCUGGCCGCGUAUUGGCCGGGGGCGGGGCUGUGGGCGGAGCGAGCGGAACUGUGGCGGGCGGGAUGCCUCUAUCUACCUCACAGACUUCGCUCCCUUUAGCUAAACACAGUGGUGAGACUUCCUCCUCUUCCAGAGCCACGGCCGGACGCUUGCGUGACCUUCACCUCAUGCGCAAACCAUUACACAUCCCAUACAGUGAGUUUGAGCCCUACAAAGCUGACAUGCGCAAACGCGUUGAAUUAGCGCGUGCAAACGGGCUGGACGGACUCCUCAGCGUUCAUAUCAUGUCCGGGCAGGGUCUGAAAUCUUCCAAAACGAGCCUGAGAGACCUUUACUGCGUCGUUGCUGUAGAUUCACUGAACAAAGCGCGCACAAUGAUCCGCACGGGGGCUAUCAACUUCGACUGGGAUGAAGCUUUCGACAUCGAGGUGGAGGACUCUAAGGAAGUUUCUUUCCUCAUCUACCAUUGGGAUCCUAACUAUAAGCAUAGGCUUUGCUUCCACGGGUCUGUUCUCCUACCGGGCUAUGUCCACGGGGGUCACAAACGAUACGUUGCCAUCAAACUAGAGCCAAAGGGAAUCUUAUUUGUGACUCUUCUGUACAAAGAGCCAGCCGUAUCGCUACAGCGCUUGCCCUCUCUCAAGAAAAACGCCAUGUUUGGAGUGGAACUGGAGGCCAUUAUUGCCAGGGAGAGUUCGGGCUUGAACGUGCCCCUUUUGGUACAUAAGUGUGUUCACGAGGUAGAGCGCCGAGGAUUGGAUACGGUAGGUAUCUACCGCCUGUGUGGCUCGGCUCGUCGCAAGGCUAUGUUGAGAGAAGCUUUUGAGAGCAACGCACAGGCUGUGGAUCUUUCUCCAGACAAUGUCUCCGACAUUCACGUCAUCACAGGCGUUCUCAAGGACUACUUGCGUGAGCUGCCGGAGCCAUUGUUCACGAACGCUCUCUACCAGAUGUUGCUGGAUGCCCUGAGUGUGAGAUUGCCCUGUGACCCUGAGGGCAGUGCCAAACUUAUGCUGAGUAUACUAGAGUGUCUGCCCUCUGCCAAUCAGGAUACGAUGGCUCUACUGCUGAACCACCUAAGGCGUGUGGCUUCUCACUGUGACAAGAACAAAAUGCCGAUCGACAAUCUGGCCAUCUGCUUCGGCCCUGUCUUGCUUUGCCCUGCCCCAAGCUCUACCCCUGACCCACUGCUCGAUUUUAGGAAACACAUUGAGGUCUUGCAUUAUCUGCUGGAAAUUUGGAGCUAUGAGGGAAGCACAAGCACUGGAUCCUCCAAGUCACCUACGGCUGAGACUGUGGUUUCUGUGGAAACAGUAGACUCCCCUCAACAAAGUUCCCAGCGGUCACUACAAACUGACCUCCAUUCUGGUCAAGCUGGUGCUGUGGACCUGGGCACUUCUGCUGUUGACCCAUGCUCCAGUGUGGAUAGGCAGACCCCCGGCCAAUGACGAUGGCCCACCCAUAGUUCCUCAUUAUUCAAUUCAGCACUAGUGUCCACUUCACCUCCGCACACUUACCACCAACACCUCCGAGUUACUCCGCCCAGAGCCCCCUGUCAGCGCACACACGGCCUGUCAUAGAACAAUAUUAUUAUAAUAAUACAAAACAUAUUUUGUUAUUAGCAAAUCAGACUUAUUCAUUUCUCCAUUUCAUUCUCGUUGUUAUUAUUAUUAUUAGUUUAGCAGCAUAUUUGUAAUUGUAUAGCAUCAUAUUAUUUGACACAUUCUUACACAACAAGAAGAGCAAGACAAAGGUGCUGUUCUGAAACAAUAAUCUUCAGGUACUUGACAUUUUUGUUGUUUGCACUCCAUUCGCCUGUCUCUCUGUUUCAAUUGUAUUUUUUCAUUUCAAGUAUUUAAACAUUGUCAGGAUACUCUGUAAGAUAUACAAAGGCUUGUUUCAAAAAGGAUUUUCCAGAAGAGUAGGCCAAGAACAUGAAAUGUGAGGCAUCAUGGUGAAAUUGAAGAAAAAGGCAAUUUUUCCACAGGUUUUGCAAAUUUUGUUUGAAUAUUUGUUUUUUGGCCCCAAACCUUUCAUGUCUUUUUAAAAACAUAUUUCUGUGUGCAUUUUACUGAAAAUCGUCGAUUAAAGGCACAAAAAAAAUGUAAAUUUUUAUUUCCGAAGGACUCUCAAGCUUUCGAAGUUAUAAAACUUUGGUGGCCAUUUUCUCGAUAAUUUUACCUCUGAAACCAGGUGACCUUCACCUUCUUCAAUCAGAAAUAUCUCGACUUCUAUUCCAAAUAGGUUGGUAUUUUUUUUCAUCAAAAGCAAGACAAAAGAGCAAACUUUAGCCAGCUCUUACACAUUUUUCUAGCUAGAAAGGAAGUGGAGGCUACAGCUUAGAGUCAAUGAUCCUUCGUCAGCCAGCUGUUAAAAUGUAGGUAGGCUUCAUGUACUAUAAUCCCAAAAUCAAAAUAAAAGAAAAAGAUUGCGAUGGCUCAAUUUAUAAUAUCAGUUGCAUGUGCUCAAGAAAUACUUUAUAGAAAUCCAAAUUCAAAACAUGGAAAAAAA